AUGGCGUCUCUGCCUCGGCACCUUCUGCUGCUCCUCUGCUGCUUCUCGUGCUUGGUGCACCCCUCGCGCGCCCGCACCCUCGUCCUCCCCUUGGCCAGGGACGCCUCCACGCUCCGGUACGUGGCCACCGUCUACCACGGCCCUUCCCUCGACCCCCUCGAGCUCGCCGUGGAUCUCGGCGGCCCGUCUCUCUGGCUCGACUGCUCCGCCCCCUCCUCGGGCUCCUCCGUCCGCCGCGUCCCCUGCCGCUCGAUCCAGUGCCUGGCCGCGACCUCCGACGCUUCCGGGCUCCGCCGCGCCUGCCCGAGCGGGCCCUCCUCCGUCUGCGGCGUAAGGGCGGAGGGCGGUGAGGCCGGGGUGCUCGGGGAGGGAGCUCUGGCCGUCGAUUCCGUGGACGGGUCGGGGGAGAGGUCGGUCGCGGCCGUCGACCGGUUCCUGAUCUCCUGCGCGCGCGCGGCGCCGGGAUUCGGAGCGAGCGGAGUUGGAGUGACGUUGGGCUUGGGACGGAGCCGGAUUUCGCUGCCGUCGCAGGUGGCGACGGCGUUCGGCGUCCGCCGGAGGUUCUUCGCGUGCCUAUCGGCGUCGGAGGGCGUCAUCGUCGCCGGCGACGGGCCGUUCUUCUCCCACCUCGACGCCGACAUCUCCAAGUCCCUGACCUACACGCCCCUCGCGACGCCCCUCGCGACCGCCAGAUCGCCGCGAGCCUCGGACUACCUCAUCAACCUCACCUCCAUCAAGAUCAACGGCAAGCGGCUCCCCCUCAACUCCUCGUCGCCGUACUUGAUCCAGCUCAGUGCCGAGAUCCCGUACACCGCCGUGGCGAGCCCGAUCUACUCCGCCUUGGCCGAGGCCUUCGCGGGGGCGGCCUCGGCCAUGGGGAUGGCCAGCGUCCCGGCGGUGGCGCCGUUCGGGGUGUGCUUCGACCCGAGGAGCGUCGGCGCGACGGCGGCCGGGCCCGACGUGCCGGCGAUCGACCUGGUGCUGCAGAGCGAGAUGGUGAGGUGGAGGAUUGGCGGGUCGAGCUCGAUGGUGAGGGUCAGCGACGAGGCGACGUGCUUGGGGGUCGUGGACGGCGGCGACCGGCUGGGGAGCUCGGUGGUGUUGGGAGGGCAUCAGCUGGAGGACGUGCUGCUGGAGUUCGACUUCGGGGGUUCGAGGUUGGGGUUCAGCCCGUCGCUGUCGACGAUGCAAUUGUCUUGUUCCAAUUUUAGGUCCAAUUUCAAUUCCAUGGCAUUGUCGUCGCAAUAG